AUGAACAUUGAACAGAAAUAUGCAAAAACAAACACAACUCAUUUGGAAAACCUGCAAGUGGAAGAGGAUAACAAAUCGGACAAGUUUCAUGACAACAAAGUUAACAGUAAUGAUGAUGCAAGCAUUUCAAACUUUGCCUCCAUGAAAUUUAGCAAUCUUGAAAAAGAAUUUCAAAUGAUUUACAAAUAUCCGAUGUAUGAGGGGAUAUCCACUCCCAACGAAUCAGAAGUAAAUGAAGAAAUAUUAAGAAAUGAAUUUCAGAAAUGUCAUAUGCCGGAAUGUUCAAGUGCUUCAAAUGGACAAGCGGUACAGUACAAGCUCACUAAAGGGAACAUCCAAUUGUCGAACGAAACAAGGGAUCCAAUUUUAUUAUGCGAACAAGCAGUAGACCAAUAUGAAAAUCAUCUCGAAGACAAGUUUCAAAAUAUAUUAACUUCAGGUAGAAAUUGGGAGAAAAGUCUACCCAAGACAAAUUCUAUUGAAGAUAUUCUAAAAAAUAUUCAAGAUGGUAUAACUCUUGAAUCCAAGAACGGAAGAGAUACUGUGAAUGAGUUCAAGUCGAAAGGGAUAAAUUCUGUCAUUUCUGUUAUGAAAACAAAUGAAGAUUUUGUAAAUCCUCCAAAUUGUGCUACCCACUCGAGUAGUGUGAACCGCAAACAUGGCGAGCACUAUGACAGAGGUCGUUUCACCCCUACUGAAAAUGUGAACAAUGCAACAAUGCCAAAUGUACAAAUGGCACUUUCAGCUGAAUGUUGUGCACGUACCUCCCUUAUGGUGCACAUUGCACACAUGUGGUGGAAAGGGAAAAAGUUCUCUUAUCAUUGGGAGAGCACUAUGAAGAGACAGGAAAUUCAAAGGUGUGUAUACAACUUUUGCAUAAAUAUUGCAAAUGAAGAGUUCUACCUCACCCGCUUGGAAAAAGUGAGAGAAGAAAAUAUAUUUAAGGAAGAAAAUAAAAACAUUGAAAAAAUUCAAGUACAAGAAAAAAAAAACCAAGUUUUAUAUUACAAAAUAUGUGAAAUGUAUGAACAUGAAAGUUUAGGGAAUAUACAACCAAAUGAAGAAUACAUAAUUAAAAAAAAAUACCCAGCUGAAGAAAAAAAAUUACAAAAUCCUUUAAAAUUUCCACAAGUAUUAAGAGCAAUUGAGUUUACAAAAGAAGGAGGGAAUUUAUUGAAACAUACUCUAUAUAGUGUUCCACAUUUACGUUUUUUUUUUGUAAGUAAAGAUUUAAGUUUCAUUAAGUGGUUCUCAGCACGGAAAACAGAUGAUCAAUGUAAAAUCUAUUUUCAAAAUAUAAAUAGUGUAGAAAUAAAUAACCUGCAUGAACAAAUAUUGGAACAUCUAAAGAUAGACAUUUUGAAAAAGUUAUCUUUUUCUAUUGUAUACAAUAAUGAGAAGAAAAAAAUAACACUAACUUGUAAAUGUCUACAAGAAUUUAACUAUUGGGUUACCACAAUUAGGGCUCUAAUGUUUCAUUCGAAAAAAAUGAAAACAAGUGAAACUCUUUUAUUGUCUCAUAUGAAUUAUUACAAUUCAAAAAAUAUUAUUCAAGGGAAAUUAUAUAAUAGCCAAUGUACAAAUAAACCUUCAUACCUUGCUGCAGACACUGAUGAAUUUAAUGUUACACAAUAUGGACAAAAUAAGAACCCUAUGAUUGUUUCUUAUCAUCAAAAAGUAAAGACAAACAAAAAGUGUGAAUUGAAGAGGGAAGAUAAUAUACAAAAUGAACUUGAAAGAGAAGUACAGGAGGAAUAUUCUUUGGAAUCAUUUCAUUUAUACAAAUUGAUUGUGUUUCCAGAAUAUAAUGUGUAUCAAAUAAAAACAAAAUUUUAUUUACUUAAGGAGAAAGCAUAUAAAUACAGAAUUUUAAUCGAAAAAGAAAUUGAUGAGUUCCAGAUGGAUACCCAUUUUGAUAGCUCCACAUCUGGUGAAAGGGUUGAACAGUUAUCCCUUCCCUACACAGAAGAACUGGGUCCCUGUGAUCUUUUUUUUCACAAGGAAGAUAUAAAAGAGCACAGUGAUCUACUCACUUCUCACGUCAGUGUGGUGGAUGCAGAACAUUUAUGCGACAAGGUCAAAUCGGAAGAUGAUCCCAUACUUUGCUCCAGUCCCCCCCCGAGCAGGGCUAGAAGCAGGGCUAGGAGCAGGGCUAGAAGCAGGGAUAGGAGCAGGGAUAGGAGCAGGGAUAGAAGCAGAACCCGUUCCGAGUUGAACCGCAAUGGGACGUCGUUCCGAAGGUCUUCCCCCCAUGCCGCUCUCUCAGAAUUGUGCACAUUAAACAAAGAAACCAAAUUAGAUAUACGCCAUGAAAAAAAGCUAGACAGUAGAAAAAGAUACACAGCAAGCGAAGCUAGCGAAAAGGAUCGAGAAGACCAACCAGAAGAGGACUCAGAUGAAUUCAAACUCCAACUAAUGAUAAAAAUAUUCAAUCGAAUUGACAAAAAAAUCAAAAAUAUACAGAAGGAUAUUAUGUAUGUUGUUAAAGUAUUGAAGAGGGAAGAAUCAGAGAAGCACCAGGACCCCAAUUUGGGGAACGGCUUUUCCAUAGAACACAUUUUGAGAUAUACAGCAGAUGUGUGUAAAACGAUAGAAUGUAAACUAUACAAAAAUGGGAGUACUCACUCGGAUGCCACUAACAUUGGUAAAAACAAUACUAAUGAGAAACAGAAACAACAGGAAAUAAAAGGGAGGCUCAAAAGACAAGAACAUAUGAACAUAUUUCCUCAAGAUGAGAGAGAUCUUGAUUACAUGAACCCAGGGGAAAUUCCAAAUGGAAAAGCUAAUUUGGAUAGCCAUAAAAAAAACUCCAACAAACGAAUGCACAACAUCCUUUUUGAUAUGUGGUUAUGUGAAAUGGAAUUAGGAAAUAUCGAAGACAUAUACACAACUUAUAUUUAUAAUUCCAGAAAGAAGAAAAAUUUCAUGAAUAACCUCGAUGCUCCUACUUUUCUGAAGAAUAUCUCACAUCAGCUAUCAAACGCCAUUUUAAAAUACAUGAACUUUUGA